AUGGAUCUGGACAGAACAGAGGACCUAAAUAAGGUCCGUCCUUCAGUAUACUGUGCUUCGUUAAAGCUUCGCUCCCUGCAGAAACUAUGCCAAAUGCAUAUGGUUUUGAUCCAGGAUUUGCGCCAUAUUUUCUGUGCUGAAGGGGGCUCAGAGAAUUCAACACAAAAACUUUCCCAGGAUACCCUGAGGCAGAGUUUAGAACAGCUCUUCCUGGGUGUCUUACAGAAACUACCUAGUCAGGUGGUACAAGAUGCCACAGAACAGACCACCAGACUCCUCUUCAAACUGUAUGACAGACAGAAGGCUGGUUUUGUAUAUCUCAGAUCGGUUGAGGCUGCACUGAUAGUCCUUUCAGGAGACACCUUGGUGGCCAAAGAUAGAGCUCUUUUUCAGUUAGCUGUUUGUUGCAGUAGGAAUCUGGGAAUCAAGGACGCCUCAGUCAGCCUCAGCAGCCUUUGGGCCCUUCUGGAUGACCUUAGCCAGAUCCCAGCCGUGGUUCAAGAAAACCAUGUGUUUGGUUCAGUGGAAAGCGCAAUCAAUUCCUGCUUUAAAGACGUAAAUAAGGAAAGUGUUGGGGAGGAACACUUUUUGAGCUGGCUUAUGUCUGAGCCUCGUCUGCUGCUUUGGAUCUCCACACUUUACAGGAUCUCAGUAAGCGAGACAGUACAGCACAGAGUCCAUUGUCAUAUCUGCAAGGCCUUUCCUAUCGCUGGCCUUAGGUAUCGCUGUCUGAAGUGUCUAAAUGUGCAUGUGUGCCAAAACUGUUUCCUGACCAAGAGAUUCACAAGAAAGCACAAGCUGGUGCAUCCAGUUCUAGAGUACUGCACUCAGCCAUCGUGGAAAGAGUCAAUAGCAUCACUUGCAUCCAGCGCCCGCCAUGCCCUUCGACCUCGUCACUACACCAGGGGAGAGUCACAAAGCAGGAGAGUCAUUAGACCUGGCUCUAACAAUGAUCCAAAGAACAGUACAUAUUUUCCAGAGCAGCAGGAAUGUGUGGAUGUUGAUCAAAGCGGACAAUCUGACGUCAGCUUGUUGGAGAAUUGUCCUUCUUCUUCUCUGCAGCUUAAAGAAUCCAAAGGACUGCAAACAGAUGAAUCUGACACACAGCCUCAGGGAAAGGCAUCACUUCUCCAAAAAGAUGUAAAUAUAUCACUACAGGCAAUGAGGGAAAUGCAGAGAGAUAAAUGUACUUCUUUUCCAGAGCAGCAGGAAUGUGUGGAUGUUGAUCAAAGUGGACAAUCUGACGUCAGCUUGUCACAAAAUCCUUCUUCUCCUCUGCUGCUUAAAGAAUCCAAAGCACUGCAAACAGAUGAAUCUGUCACACAGCCCCAGAUAAAGGCAUCACUUCCCCAAAAAGAUUUAAAUACACUUCAGGCAAUGAGGGAAAUGCAGAGAGAUAAAUGGCUCCUGGAGAAAGAAUUUCAGGUGUGGAAAGUAGCUGCACAGUCAGAGCAUGACUUGCUGGAGGACAGGUGCACAGAGCUAGAGGAUACAAUGAAAUCACUGAUACAGCACAACCAGCAGCUGGAAGAACAACUGGAACAAGUCAGACAUGCUUUAAAUAGUAGGACAAGAAAUGAGUAUAACCCUGAUAUCUACACACCUCUUGCAUGCACACAACAAUGCAACAAAAGUGAAAGACUUUAUACAGCACAGGAGAAUCCCAACUCACAGCCCAUCUCUAUAAGUGACAAAAGAGAACCAGAGAGCGAAGAAGAAGAGGAGAUAGAAGAUAGAGUGGAGAGAAAUGAGAAGAUGGUGGAGAAAGAACUAAGCAAAGAUGAAGUUCUUCCUCAGGUACAGGAGGAAAUGCAUAUCGAUUUAGCUGUGGCAGAGAGUUGGGAAACAAUGACACAAAAAGAAGUUGAAGUUGUUCAGGAGUCUAAAACUAUGGGUCUAGAGAAUGAGGAGGAAGACAAGGAGGAAGAAGUGGAUGAUAAGAUGGAAGAGCAGGUGGAGGAGCUAGGUGAGAAGUUGGACCCACAAAAUGAAAGACAAGAGCUCAUGUUGGAAGAUCCAGCAUCAGUAUGGUGUGUCGAAGAGAAGGAGUCUGAGACAGAUGUCUCAGAUGAGGAUAUAGAGAAGGAACUAUGUGACGUGGUGCAGAGACUUCAGGAUGCACUUCUUCUUCCCACAACAGCAGGUUCUGAUUCUCAUCAGAAAAAGGCACUGUUAAAGGCAGCAGAGGAAGUUGGAGAUUCAGUAUUUAAUAUUGUUACUUCCAUCAAAUCAUUUAACUUACCCUUAGAGGAUCUUGAAUAGAACCACAUUUUUGCUGAAUAGAUAGACUCACAUUUGGCUGUUGGCAUCAAAUAUUUAGUACUGGUACAAUUUUACUUGGAAAGUUUGCAUCCAAUUUAUUCAAUGAUUAGGCCUUCACAGAAUUAAAGUAAACCUUUACGUGAGGGCGGCACGGUGGCUCAGUGGGUAGCAUUACUGCCUCACAGCAAGAAGGUCCUGGGUUCCAGGUGGGGCGGUCUGCAUGGGUUUCCUCGGGGAGCUCCUGUUUCCUUCCACAGUCCAAAGACAUGCAAGUGAGGUGAAUUAGAGAUACAAAAUUGUCCAUGACUGUGUUCAACAUUAAACUUGUGAACUGAUGAAUCAUGUGUAAUGAAUAUAACCAAAGUGUGUAAAACAUGACGUUAAAAUCCUAAUAAAUAAAUAAACCUUUACAUGCACUUGUAAUGAACAUGUCUUGGAAGAUAAGAC